GGCAGCGGAUGCUCUAAUCGGAAUUGUGAAUGCGCACGAUGUGCGUCAGUCUAGAAUAGAAGAAUACUGAGUGAAAUAGUGAAAUGUGAAAAACCAUUAACAUUUUUUUCUUUGUGAAAAAUAAUGUGAGAAUUUAUUUUCCUAUGCUUAUACCAACCUUACAUCUGUGCAUGUGUACCAGUAUCAAUAGCUUAUGUAUAUGUAUAUUUAUCUGUGUUACUGCUUAAAAAUUUAUGAAAGGGUAUCUGUUGGUGCGCUGCACGUAAUUAAAAUGCUCAAAGAAUCUUGAAGAUACAAAUGUGAAAAAAUCAUAUUAAGCAUAAUAAUUUAUCAUUAAUUGUUACAGUUCAAUGUGUUUGUUUUUUGCUCGAACCGACUUUUCUUUUAUUCAUCUGCAUCGACACCAUCGGUUCGUUAAUUAUUGAUUUCUUCGGAAACUUUUGAAAAGAAAAUAUAAAGAAUUGAAGGCAAAUGGCAAAGAGAUUGCGGCCAAAAGAAUAUCAACGCAAACAUCGUACCAGUCAUUGUUGUUGUGGUCAUUGCCGUAUGUCCCGUCGUGUUUUUGUGUGUGUGUUUUGUUUGCGUUCAAGCAGAGGCAGUUGGUGAGUCGUGAAUUAGAUUUGUUUGGUGAUUUGGGCAAACAAUAAAUAUAUUUGCUUAAAUAUUUCAAAUACUGUUAUUGAAUAGAGAAACGGAACGACAUAAAUCACAGAAUGUAGAGAUCGUAAAUAAAUAUGUAAAACUAAAAAAUUUUGAAUUGAAUCAAACACACAACUAUUAUUGUGUGAGUGAACAUUUUUGUGGUAUAGUGAAAUAAUAUAUGAUAUAAUUAUAAAAAAUCCAAUAACUAGUGUCAGAAUUUUGUGAAACACCUGGUCAACACCUGUCUUUGAACAAAAAUGGAGAAUUUGCCGAAUUUUGCACGCACACCACAGUUUUUGCGUAAAGUCAUCACCGAAGCGAGAAGAUCUUUUAUUCGGAACGACGAUCACGAUACGAGCCACAUCGACGAAGCGGACACAGAAAACGGCGCCGAGCCGUAUAUCGAUGAAAUGGAACUAUCUCAUAGCCUAACUCUUAACGAGGGGGCGCUAAAACAAUUGCCGGAACAAAAACGGCCGGUCUUCGUCUUCGAAUGGCUGCGCUACUUGGAAAAAGUGCUGCCGGUUGCACAGAAAUCGGACAUAAAGGGUUGUCAAAAGAAGUUGGUCCAACAAUUGACCGAACAUAUUCACGGAUCACCAGGUCCGCCGACACGCAAAUUAAUAGCCAGCUGCUUGGCUACACUUUUCUCGGUUGGUGAUACUUUUAUGCUGUUCGAUACGGUGAAUGCUUGUAAUGACAUACUGAAGAACAAGGAUGAUUCACCAAGCUAUUUACCAACAAAACUUGCCGCUAUUUGUGUAUUAGGUUCGAUGUAUGAAAAACUCGGUCGUAUGAUGGGUCGCUCCUAUGAGGAAACGGUCCAAAUUCUUAUACGCACUUUGCGCAACGCCGAAUCACAGGCACGUGCCGAAAUCAUGAUUACACUGGAAAAGGUUUGCGCUGGCAUGGGGACCGCCAUCUCGAACGUGCACAAGGAUAUUUACAAAGCGACAAAACAUUGUCUCACAGAUCGCGUGAUGGCGGUACGUGUCGCGGCUGCCAAAUGCGUGCUUGAGAUGAUCAAUCACGCGCCUUUCCUCUAUCAAACAGAGCUCGAGAGUUUGGCUUCACUUUGUUUUCGCGCUUUUGACGGCAGCAAUUAUGAGGUGCGGUGUGCGGUGGCCAAAUUGCUUGGCACGCUACUAGCCUUUACGCAACAACCGCCAGAGGGCUCAAACAAGAAACCAGGUCAAUCCAUAUCUACAAAGAAUCAAGCGCGCACUGUUUCAUUGGACGAAGCUUUGGGCAUAUUAAUGUCUGGCUUUUUACGUGGGGGUGUUUCAUUUUUAAAGGGUACCGGCGAGAUUAUCAAAGGUAGUUCGAGCGUAAAUCGUGAAGUGCGUGUUGGCGUCACACAUUCGUACGUGGUGUUCGUACAAUUUAUGGGCAGCGUCUGGCUGGAGCGAAAUUUAAGCACUUUUCUAAUGCAUGUACUUGAUUUGGUAGCAAAUCCAAAAGCUGCCUCCUCACACGUCGAUGCUGUGUAUUCACGUAAAUGUAUCAACUUCAUACUUCGUUCGAUUAUUGGUAAAAUGCUUGGCGAAAAAGCACAGACAUCAGCCUGCAAGGAGCUCAUACACAUUGUAGCUAAGCAAAUGAAUUCGAUCGAUUUCAAUCCGGAGAAUGCGAAGGAUUCUAAUCAAGAAACGCUUUUCAGUCAACACCUAUUGGUAUGCGCUCUACAAGAAUUGGGUUCGCUUGUGCUCGGUUUGGGCACCACAGCCCAGAGUUUGUUGCAUGAUCACACCCUGAACUCUAUUGAUGCGACUUGCGCAGUGCUCGUGCAUCCAUGCGCCGCAGCACGUUUAGCUGCUGCCUGGUGUUUGCGUUGUUUCUGUGUGGCGGUGCCGAGCCAAAUCACGCCACUAAUCGAUCGUUUCGUCGACGCAAUCGAGCAGAUGCGUUCAUCACCUGAGGCAAUAGCUGGUUACAGUGCAGCUUUGGCGUCAAUUUUGGGCAGCGUACGUUACUCUCCGCUCGGCAUUCCGCAUACCAAAGGCAAAGUAGUAUUCAAUACGGCUGAGGAACUAUUGCGCUCCGCAUCCCAAAAUAGUCGCAUGUCCCUGAAUCGUACACAAGCGGGUUGGCUGCUAAUCGGUGCCAUAAUGACGCUUGGUUCGCCAGUUGUUAAAGGCUUGUUACCACGUAUGCUAUUGUUAUGGCGCAACUCUUUUCCGCGUUCCAAUAAGGAGCUUGAAUCGGAGAAAGCGCGCGGUGAUGCUUUUACCUGGCAGGUAACUUUGGAGGGACGUGCUGGUGCACUCUCUGUGAUGCACAGUUUCCUGCUAAAUUGUCCAGAUCUGGUGACAGAGGAUAUAACACGGCGCCUGCUCACUCCCAUCGAGAGUGCGCUCGCCAUGCUGGUGAACCUCUCAUCGGUUUUGAAAAGUUAUGGCACGCAAUUGAAGGCGCCCGCAGCUAUGGUGCGUUUACGGCUAUAUGAGACGCUUUCUCUGCUGCCACCGAACGUAUUGGAGUCAUCGUAUACACAUCUGCUGCGCAUGCUUGUAGCCGAAUUCACACUCUCUGAAAAUCCAGCUAACACAACGAACUCUUUGUUACGUGCACUUUGUCAUGGAGAUGAUUCUAUUAUUUUGGGCACUUGGCUGCAAGAGACAGAUCAUCGAACUAUUGAGGACCAGAUGGAACCUAAUCGUAGAUCCGAUGGCGAGCAUCUGCAGCCGAACAGUGCUGCCGGGUCGGGUGCGCUUGAGCAUGAUCAUUGCUGCUUAUAUCGUCCACCAAUCGGUGGCUUGGUGGGCACUGCCGCUAUCGUGGCUGUCUCCAAUACACACGUAAACAAGGUCGAUCAAUGUCCUGGACCCUUGCCAUUGGGCGUUGCUGUCAUCGACAUGUCCGUCACGCUGUUUGGUCUAAUUUUUCCGAAAGUGGCUAAUAAACAUCGCCUGCAAAUGCUGGAACAUUUCGCCGAGUGUAUACGUCAAGCGAAGAGUAGCCGUCAAGAAGCAGUACAGAUGAAUAUUUUUACUGCAUUGCUGAGCGGCUUAAAGGGUCUUACCGACAGCAAGAGCGGCAUUGGUCAGGAGGAUGUGAAGAAGAGUGCUACGAAUUUGGUUGUGGCCGCUUUGGUAAGCACCAAUUCCACACUACGUUGCGCCGCCGGUGAAGCAAUUGGUCGAAUGGCGCAAGUUGUAGGUGACUCCCGCUUUACCGCCGAAUUGGCGCAAAAUUCAUUUGACAAACUGAAGUCGGCACGUGAUGUUGUUACGCGCACUGGCCACUCACUUGCUUUGGGCUGCUUGCAUCGCUACGUCGGCGGCAUGGGCUCGUCACAUCAUUUGAACACCAGCGUUUCGAUACUGUUGGCAUUAGCGCAAGAUAUUUCGUCACCGGUGGUGCAGGUUUGGUCGCUGUACGCAUUGGCGCUCAUCGCUGACUCUGGCGGGCCAAUGUUUCGUGGUUAUGUGGAGGCAACAUUAUCAUUGUGUUUGAAGUUAUUGCUCGCUGUGCCGCAGUCCAAUGUCGACGUGCACCAGUGCAUCGGACGUGUUUUGAAUGCACUCAUUACAACCGUGGGCCCAGAAUUGCAGAGCAACAACGGCGUCGUUGGAGCCAUGCGUUCAUCUUUCCUGUGUGCGUCUGCCAUUAUGCAAGCACAUACCGAUCCACUUGUGCAGGCCGAGGCAACCGGUUGUUUGCAGCAGUUGCAUCUCUUCGGUCCGAAAUAUGUUAAUUUGAGUUCACUGGUGCCAACCUUGGUCAAAACGCUCUCGAGUAACUACUUAAUGCUGCGUAAAGCAGCUGUAUCUUGUCUGCGCCAGUUGUCGCAGCGCGAGGCUAAAGAAGUGUGCGAACUGGCGCUUACCAUGACGCCGGAGCAAUGUCCUGGCAUUACAAUCACUGAGUAUGGGCUUCCGGGCGUACUCUUUGCAAUGCUAGAUACCGAAACCGAUGCGGAAAUGUUGAAGAAUAUACAUGACACAUUAACGUCCAUGCUACAGAUGUUGGCUUCCGAUAAUUUAAGCUCGUGGUUGAGUUUAUGUAAAAAUGUACUAACAGUAGCCGUUGAGGGUACCUCACUACAGGACGAGACGGGCGGCAUGAAAAACGAUGCUAUUAAUAGCAAGUCCAGCGGUAGUAAUGACAACGCAAAUAAAGGUGAACGCGAUGAUGAUGACGAUGAGGAAGAAGAUUACGAUGACGUAACCGAGUACCAUGCUGAAGAGAAUACCUCUACACAUCCGGCAGUACAGCCGCGUUGGCCGACGCGCGUUUUUGCAGCGCAGUGCGUCCGUAAAAUCAUAGCCACUUGUGAAGCGGCCAAUCCAAUACAUCUGGACUUGAUACAGGCUAAGGAGAUGCAAAUGAUAAAAUCGCGUGGCGACUAUCUGAUACUACAUCUCUCAGAGUUAAUACGCAUGUCAUUCAUGGCAGCCACAUCGGACUCUGAUCAACUGAGAUUGGAGGGGUUACGCACUUUGCAAGAGAUAAUCGAUCGAUUCGCGAAUGUGCCAGAACCAGAAUUCCCAGGCCAUUUGCUGCUAGAACAGUUUCAGGCGCAGGUUGGCGCCGCACUACGUCCCGCUUUCUCACCGGACACUCCUUCCCAUGUUACUGCGGCCGCUUGUGAAGUUUGUUCUGCUUGGAUUGGUUCUGGUGUUGCACGAGACCUCAACGAUCUCCGUCGUGUACACCAUUUACUGGUAUCUUCCCUAGACAAACUGCACACAAAAACUAACAGCACCCAAUUAUACAAUGAAUCCAUGGCAACGUUGGAAAAGUUGAGUAUUCUAAAAGCUUGGGCUGAGGUAUACAUUGUUGCAAUGAUCGGCAAUGGUUCUGCGCCUGCUUCCUUGCUGCAAAAAAAACUCACAUCGUCGAACGCUAUAACACCUCUUACAAGUGGUCUGGAUUUGGAUGGCGCAGAAGCGGCCGGCGGGGAUUUUGGCGAUUUUGAAAGCCGCGGAGAAAGUCUACUUAAUUUGGUUAAACCAGAGUUGGGCAAUUUGUCCACACAUUGGCUAGCGGCAAUGAAAGAUCACGCGCUUUUGCUAUUGCCUGCGGAAUUCCAAAGCCAAUUGCCGCAUGAUGGUGGCGCCUUUUAUACCACAGAUACAAUCAACUCGUCUAAACCACAUUAUUUGUCAUCGUGGCCGCCCAUUCUGUAUGCAGCUUCGUUGUGGCUGAAGGACGAAGGAUUUGCUGCGUACGCAAAUACAAGCGCAACAGGUACUGAUGGUGCCGCCUACGAAACCAAUAAUAACAUUUCACACGGUUCACUCUCGGCCGAUCGUUUUCACAUGGUUUUCGGCAUUUGCAUGGAGGCGUUGUGUAGCACACGUACCUCGGAAAAACCGAAGAAUGUCAUUAGUUGCUUACAAUCACUUUACACGAUUUUUGAUUCCGACUGGGCGCGCAAACAGUUGAUUAAGAACAAAACGUUGAUUAUUGAACUGUGCAACGUUUUGCACCGUCAGAUUUUGACACGUGAUGAGCUGCUGGUACAGCUACUCUGCAUGGAAAUACUGAAACAGUCAAUACAAGCGGCCAAAGAAGAUUUACAGAUAAAACGUGAACAGCAUCUUGCUCAAAAUAAGAAUAAUGACAACACCGACAAUGCGCAUCUGCAGACAGAAAUCGAGAAUUUGGGAGAAGGCGGUGAGGGAGGUGAGAUUGUGCCCGGCACCUCACACGUCUAUGCCGUACUGGAGGUGUGUCUUUGCGUAUUUGUGCGACAAAUACCCUCGAUGAAUCCGAGUGUGGCCAGCAAGCUCAGCACAAUUCAAUUCAAGCAGGAACUGGCCGCCAAAAGCAGCACAUCGCAAUCCUUCUUCUCCAUAUUGGCCGAGGAUAAUGGCAUGCUAGUCGCCAGUGGCUUGCAAUGUGUCGAAGAACUAACAGCGCUGUGCUCACCAAAAGGUGCACUAACAAUUUUGCCAACCAUCGUCUUCAUGACCACAUCGAUAAUGCGCGAAAUCGCCAACAAAUCGGCCAUCGACACCACAAUACUCGCAAGCACGGGCGCUGUACAGGCGUCUCUGCAUACGCUCAAAUCAGUGUGCACCGAUCGCUUGGCGAAGCACGAGACAGUUUCCGCUGAGUGGAUGGAAAUACUGCAAAGCGCUUUAGCCACUAUUAUCGAUAUGACAAAAACUGCGGGUGAUGAGGAAGAGCGCAAGGUGGAUGAGGUGACCAUGUUAUUGGCCAUAGCCGUCUUCAUACUGCAUACACCUGCGUCGGUGGUUUCUGCACCAUCACUACAAUAUCCAUGUAUUAAUCACUUCCGACAGUGCAUGCAGUCGGAGCAUUUGUCUGUGAAACUGAAAUGCAUACAAACUACGCGUUCGAUUUUCGCCAAAGCUGAUCUUAAGAUAUCCACACCGUACAUACACGCGCUUGCGCCACGCAUCAUCGAGGGUUUGUAUGCAGAAACGGCAAAAACGCCACGCACCGACAUGGAGCUGCAGAUAACUCUCGAAAGUAUACUAACUGUGGAGACGUUGAUAGAAUUGGCGGAACCGCAAAAUCGCAUACAAAUGUUAACACUACUUGUUCCUGUACUCAUAAACUAUUUGGCCGAACCAACAAAGCUGCGAACAUUACCGAAAUACCAGCGCCAGUUGCAUGAGCAAUCCCUCCAGUGGUUAAUGAAGAUCGGUCCCAAAUAUCCGCAAGAGUUCAAGGCAUUAAUGGGCCAAACGCUGGAGCUGCGUCAGAAACUCGAAACGGCCAUACGCAAUCAACAGCAGUCAAUUAAUAUCGCCAAUAAAGCAAGCGAAUUACAGGCACGCGGCGGUAUGGCCAAGCCGCAGAAGCCAACCAUUAAAUUGAAGACGGACUUCAGCAAUUUCCAGUAAAAGAAUGAAUCACUGAUUGAUUGAUUGAUGGAUUGAAUGAUUUGUCAUGGUAAUGCAAGUGGGUCUACAUGGAAUUGCUAUGAUAAGUACAUUUCACGCAUCUUCCAACGAAAUUAAAUACUGUCGGAGAAAUACGUAUGCAUAUUAUAACGGAGCUCACAAUUCAACUGUAAAAAUAUACUAAAAAGAUUUAACUAUUAAAUGUUGAAAUAUAUAAUUUUUUUAUAGGCAUUUGCAUUAGCACGAUAAAAAAAUAGCACAUAAUGAAAUAAAACAACGGCAUAUUUUGACUUCCUUAUAAUUUUGCAAAAUGCAUUUAUUGAUUUAUCUUAGCAAUCUAUUUAUCAUCAUUUGGACGUUAUGCCACAUCGUCAACCUAAAAGAUAUUAAUUUUAAAUAUGUAUGUACACUUGAUGACCUAAUAAAAAAGUUUUACAAUCCUAACUUACAAUACAUGAAGAAAUAUGCACUUAAAAUGUACUAGACAAAUAUUCGUUCGAAAGAUAUGUAUGUAUGUGUGCCCUGAAGUAUACAAUACCAAAUAAGUAAUUACUUACUAUUUUUAAUGAUUUUAAUUUGUGUUUUUUGUUUUUGUUUAAAAUUCAAUAAUCUUUAAUUAAUAUUAAAUCAAAUAACGGAAAAUUAUUGUAUAAAGAGAAAUGGGAAAGAACCCACGUACGUUAUGGGUCAUUAAGGAAGGCAAAGCAUUUAGAAUUACAAAUUCAAAGUGUAGGUAUGUAUGUAUUUGAGUAUUUAAUUAACCAUUAUUAACAAGUGAACAAUUAAAUAAAGCGCAUUACGCGACCUAUAUACACAUA